CCCAACCUGCAGCAAGCUUGGAGCUCUCGAUGAGAGCUUCCAAGGUAUUCCGGUCAGACUUAAGGGCAGGGUAGCAGCCCGGUAUGCGCCCGACGACUGCUGAUUUUGAUCUCUCAUCUUUUCGAGGCUGUGCCUUUUCGUCGCAUACUAACCCCGCAGCAUUUUCUUCGCUUUCUAGACGUUCGUUGUCGCAAACCUUCGUUGCAUCCGGCUUCUUGUUCUGACAGCCUCGGCCAUAUUCAACGCGAUGAGAUCAUUUGCGCCAUGGAGCCUCGUCGCUGCUACAUUGACAUUCUGUGUCGCGGAACCGAUCGCAAAGCCUGAAGCUGUACCUCAGCAGAUUUCGAACAAUGCGCCGUUUUCUGGCGCUGUGUAUAUCGUGAACCCAGACGGGCAGCAAGUUGUAGCGCAAGACGCAAACUGGUGUCCUUCGUCGGCUUCAGUAAGCUGCAGUAAUGUCAACCAGCCGAGUUGGUGCUGUCCGUCAGGCUACGAAUGCGCUGUGCCUGGCAACUCCAACGGAUUGAUCGGCUGCUGCCCAAGCGGCAACCAAUGUGGAGGCGCAGUAAACGUCGCACAAGUCACGACUGUAACCGUAUACCCCCAGCAGCAAACGGCUGUCGUGUACGCUCAACCGCCUCCUCAAACGACCGUAUACAACAACCCGAACCAGGUACAAGGAGGCUUCUGCGCUACAAUCACAAUGGACGGGCCCGAUCUACCGAGAGCGGAGCAAGGAGGAUGUGGCACAAUAUUGAUCGUUGCAGGAGCACCGAGUCUGAAAGUGCUAGGUGUAGGCGCCGGCACAGUUGCGCUGUUCCUGCAUUUGGCGCUGGGCAGGAUGUUUAAUGGCGCGUUAUGAGAGACGAGGGAUGUUGUAAUGACUUUACGAAUUACGAGUUCACGUAGUACGAUAUUGUACG